CGUUAAAAUUUUCGGUUUUUCGACGAGCUUGUUUCUAGCGAUAAACACGGGCGGUACUUGUGAAUUUCUUGCAGAAAGUUUACAAAUUUACAGAAAUUGCAUUUCCACAAUGACACGGAGUCAAAAGUCAGACAAGGGCGUAAAGAAGGUGAUAUUUCAAGUUGGUGAAGAAAUAAUGGCACGAUGGCCGGGCAGUCAACUGUGGUACGAAGCUGUUGUACUCUCAGUCAACUAUGAGGAAGAUAUAUUUCUUCUACGAUACCCCGAUGGACAGGAAAACGAGGUUCCUUAUUCACAUCUCUCGGCCAAGGGUCGCUUUAGGCAUAGAUCAGCAUCCCCUAGUAGGCAGAGAAAAUCAUCUCCCGGGAGACGACGACGCUCACGAUCAAAGUCUCCAUCUCGCAAGAAACCAACAUCUCCAAAAGCAACGUCUCCCAGGCGGCGUGGACGACCACAGCGUGUCUCAUCAGAAGCGUCCGCAGUGGCUAAGGAUUUGGAUGAGAAGCCAGCAACGGAAGAAGGUACGGUCACAGUUACAACAAAAACAAAAGUCUCCAAGACCCCACCCAGAACAGCUGUCGGGCAACAGUUAGAAGCAAGAGUAACAAGAUCAGCAUUGAAACAACUGGAAAAACAAGGAAUUGAUACGGAAGGCAUUCGUAAAGGCCUUGGUGAAGGUUUGGAUGAACGAAAGCCUUCUAAAGGACAAAGUUAUGCAUUUGGAGGUCCAAUCUGUGUGUUGUUCAUGAUGAUUACCAUGCCAAUGAUUGUGUAUGCAACAUACUUUUACUGCAACAAGAAGAAAUGCUAUCAUCUUUCUGAGAUUUUUAAGAAUCCAAAGAUAACAUUACCAUCAGCAAAAGCAUUUUUUGACCCCCAAGCAGCUGCUGUGGUUUAUGGAUGGAUUGCAUUUCAAGCAUUCUUGAAUCUUCUCCCACUGGGGAAGGUUGUUGAGGGGUUACCACUACAAGAUAGGACAAAAUUGAAAUAUCGUCUCAAUGGUUUUUCAGCAUUGAUUAUCAGUCUGGUAUUAUUUGCUGCCUGUCUACACUUCAAGAUUCCUGUUGCAAAGUUCAUCCACGGAAAGUUCUUAGCUCUCAUUACUCACUCUCUUAUAUUUUCGUUCAUUUUGAGCGUUCUACUUUACAUCAAAAGUUACGUAGAAAAAACUGGCCUUUCCAAAUUCGGAAGUACUGGAAAUGUCAUUUAUGAUUUCUUCAUGGGAAGACAAACAAAUCCUCGCAUUGGCAGUUUUGAUAUAAAGUUCUUCUUCGAAAUGCGUCCAGGAAUUAUAGGCCUUGUUAUCAUUGAUCUGGCAAUGUUUGUGGACGUAUAUCAGAAGAGUGGUAAUGAAAUAAACGUGGCUCUGUUGCUCGUCUGUUUAUUUCAUUUUCUCUACAUCGUUGAUGGACUCUGGUUUGAGGGCGCCCUUCUUUCAUCUGCAGAGAUAAGCCUUGAAGGAUUCGGUUUUAUGCUCGCCUUUGGUGACCUCGUCUGGGUUCCUUUCACUUUCUCUCUUCAUUCUCGUUUUCUCGCUGAACACACGUAUAAAAUACCCGUGUGGCUUGCUCUCUUCGUGUUUGCACUCAACACUGCUGGUUUCAUUGUUUAUCGCGUGUCGAACUUGCAGAAGGAUCUUUUCAGACAGAAUCCAAACCAUCCAGCUGUUCAACACCUUGAGUCGAUGGCAACGCUCGUCCCAGGCAGUCGUCUCUUAAUCUCGGGCUGGUGGGGCUACGUCCGUCAUCCCAACUAUCUUGGUGAUAUUCUCAUGGGGAUCGCCUGGUCAAUGACUUGUGGUUUUUCGUACGCCAUACCGUAUUUCUACCCUGUUUACUUGAUCAGCCUUCUUGUCUAUCGAAGUUAUCGCUUUGAAGCACAUUGUCGUCAGAAGUAUGGCCUCACGUGGGAAGAGUAUUGUAAACGCGUCCCGUAUCGUAUCUUCCCCAACCUCUUUUAAACACGCACCGUUUUAGUAGCCGCUUUUUGGGAUAUUUUAUGCAUCGUAACAUUCUUGAUCGAAAUUUGAGACCUUGAAGAAGAAGUGGAUUGGUUGGUCUUGGUUUCGUGAACACAGUAACAGCCAUUUGUGGCCGGGGUUAUCAGUUUCUGAUGGGGAACUUCUCAGUUGACAAAAAGAAAUGCAACAUCUAUCAACUGGCAAUAAUUGCACGGAACAAAUGCCUCGCUAAGCCUAUUUUCCUCUUUUGGUAGAUGUGAACGAGCGAUCGAUUAGUUAUAAGAACUCCGACUUAAAGGUUCUUUAAUUUAAACAACAUCCAUCAUAACUUAUUCACUCGUUCACAUCAACCAAACGAAGAAAAUCGCAUCAUGUAUAGUGCUUUCACGCGUGGUUCGUCUGUUUUCUCUUUUCUACAUGAAGAUCGAUCUAACUGGUAAUUUAAAUAAGUAUUAAUGCCUGAAAAUUUUUAGUUUUUGAAUAAUUUUACACUGUCGUCGUAUAAACUGCGCAUGGGCGUAGCGGGGGAUCUAAUCUUGGAGAUUGUUCUCGAAGAAAUCACUAUGGUUUGAUUAAAACUAAUGUCUAUUGCAAUGUGUUUAAUCUUUUUAUUUAAAUCUAUUACCUGUAAAUAUUCUUUUUCAUCUUAUAAUCUCUCGUCGUAUAAUAAGAAAUGUACAGCUAGUUAAUUAGACUUUCAACGAAUUUUUUUCUGUGAGGCCCAAGGUCGUAAGGAUAUAUAUUUAUAGUAUGUUCCAGUACGGUUGCCUUAUGAUGUAUUUAGUCAAUAUUUUACCUGAUUUUAGUCAUAUAUACCAUUAAAAAAAUGUUAUUGUAUUUUA